UGAUAAACUGAGCAGGUCCAAUUCAACCUCUGGCCCAGAUACUGGUCUUUACUGGAUUUCUGAUCUAAAGUUAAACUCGACCAAAGAGGUUGGUUCUGAACAGGGGCAAGAAGGCAGCACAACAAAGAAUGAUGGCGCUGUGGCGGUGGAGAGUUCCACUAACGAAGCUGCCGGUGAAGCAACUAAGAAACACAAACAUCCUGAAACUCUUGUUAAAGGACAAAAGGCGCAGUCUAAAUUGCGGAGCAGAAAAAAUGAUUCCCUGAGAUCAACAGUUUCCUUAGGAAACAGAGGUUGCCAGGAAGGAACAGGUGCUCCAGUAAGUACUGUGUUAGUUAAUAUUUGUGAUCACUGAUUUGUGCAGAGAAAUUUAGGGCUAAUGAAGAUUGAAGUUACUGAUAUUUCUAUGUUAUUUAAUAUUCGUGAUCACUGAUUUGGGCAGAGAAAUUUAGGGCUAAUGAAGAUUGAUGGUGUUUUUUUGUUGUUAAUUUUACAAUUUCAUGCAGACAUAAUUAUAUAAUUUUUUUUUUUUAAAUGGAAGAUUAAGAAAACAAAAACUCAAAUAAAUUAAAAACAGUUGUGUUUGUCUGAGAAAUGAUAUCAAUGCAACUUUAUGUUUGUCUAGAUAUAAAUGUUAAUUUAUUUAAAAGUGUUUAAAAUUAAAAAAGAUAUAAAUGUUAAUUUAUUUAAAUGUGUUUAAAAUUAAAAUAUAUAAAUGCUAGUUUAUUUAAAAGUGUUUAAAAUUAAAAAAAAAAAUAAAAUGCUAGUUUAUUUAAAAGUGUUUGCAAUUAAAUUUAUGACUGAUUUCACAUAGAUGUGAUUGCUCACAAUUUAUUAUUGACAGAUCAGUUUAAAAAUAGAAACAGUUUUUUUUAAAGGUAGUUUUGUUUAGUUGAGAAAUAUCAUGAAUUAUGUUGGAGUCAUUGGACAUUGUCACAGUGGUAGUUGAGAAAUAUCAUGAAUUAUGUUGGAGUCAUUGGACAUUGUCACAGCGGUAGUUGAGAAAUAUCAUGAAUUAUGUUGGAGUCAUUGGACUUUGUCACAGCGGACGUCUUUUCUGUCUUUUCUUUGUGCAGUUAGACCUGCAAAGGUAUUAGAAUCACUGAGUGGGCUUUGUGUUGUUUUGAACUUUAAAAGUUGGGAUCUGUCCAAAUGCAUUUGGAUGAAAGCGCAUAGUGAAGCUCAGCUCAGGGAGUGAAUAUAAAUAGCGAUAAUAAAGGUGCAUCAAUGAGAACGGCAGCCCCCGUAGAAGAAGACAUUUUAAAAAAAAGGGCUUUCCUGUUACGUCUUCUUGAUAAAAUGAUUAACAAAAACAAUUUUUUAUCAGGUUCCUGUCAAUUUUCUAAAGUCCUCCCAGUCAACAGAGGUAUUAACUAAUGAAUAUUCUGAUUACAAUGAAAUCUUUCACAAGAGCACAGAGAACCAGCUCACUGAAAUUGAAAUUGAAAAACUGAAGGCCAGAGGCUUCAGUGAUGUAGGGAAUGCAGCUCCUGCAGGUAAACAGUCAACCUGAGAUGGGUUGCAUUUUCAGUUUUAAGUUAAAUUCACUCAGUUUUUUUUUUUCAAAGAUGGGUGGGUUAAAAAAAAAAAAAAAAAAAAAAAAAAAAAAAGAGAGGAAAAAAAAAAAAAAAAAAAAAAAAAAAAUGAGGCUGGUCUUGAAUUUAUGAGUAUCUAUGAUACAGAAAGUCAGCUUCAGGUUGCACGGAGUAUUACAAAUAUUUGUGCAGGCUCCUUUAUAUCUUACAUUGCUUUAAUCUUCUCAGUUUCAGCAAUAACAUGAUUGCAUACUGUAGAACUUAAGCUGAAAAUAAAAUUGGCGCAAUUUCAAUAAUUAUGGUUUGGAGGCAACAUGACUAGUUCACAAAGACUUAAAAUAACUACAUGAACUCUCUGACUAGUUCGCCAAGACUUAACAUAUUACUAGAACCCUCUGACUAGUUCUCCGAGACUUAACAUAUCAUUACUUGAACUCUCUGACUAGUUCCCCAAGACUUAAAAUAUUGUUACAUGAACCCUCUGACUAGCUCCCCAAGACUUAAAAUAUUGUUACAUGAACCCUCUGACUAGCUCCCCAAGACUUAAAAUAUUGUUACAUGAACCCUCUGUAAGGGAAAGGGUGAUCUUGUGUAUUAAGGUUUUCAUUAAAAUAUUGUACAAUAUGGCUCUGAUUUAAGUUUAACUCUGCAAUGUGACCAAUAGAUGCCACAGGGACUAUUGAAGUUUCUUUUAAGAAAUACUCUGCAUUUGGGAAUCCAUGGUGAUUUUUUUCAAAACAAAAUAUUUUAAUAAAGAAAGCUAUAUAACUAGUUGUUGGACAUAGAUGAUUACAGUUUUUAAACAAAUUUUUUUUUUUUCUAAUUUUGGUUGUUGUCGCCUUAUGAAAUGACGCUGUCUUCUCAUAGGUGAAACAGUUCCUCAAGAGCCAGAGGAUGAGUUUGAUGAUGUAGCAUCUGAAUCUGAUGGACAGAAUGAAGACAGCUUUGACUGGGGCUCAGAGUUUAGCGAUGAAGAGGUUGGUACUGGCAUGUUGAUGGGAGUUUGA